AUGAAUCAGCAUUCGCAAGCACAACAGCAAAAGAUCAGCCUCAAUACUGUCUUUACUAUAUUCAUUGGAGGACGCACAUUUUACAUCAGCUGGAAAUCAUUGCUAUCAGAUGGCCCAGCAAACUUCUUCACUCGUCAUUUCAUGAGAACCAAAGUUCGAGUGGUCCAUAUUGAUCGUAGCCCAGAUACAUUCGAACUGAUAAUUCGGCAUCUAAGAGGAUACCCUGUAGUAGCAAAAGACGAAUGCCAGCACCAAGAUUUGUUGAAUGAUUCGCACUAUUAUGGACUCAAACGACUCACAAAAUACUUGAAGCAAUUUGUGUACGUUCAAGUGGGGAAUACGACAUUUCGACUGAAGUGGGAUUUAUUCAACAAAGAUGGGCCACACAACUAUUUUACAGGCCCCUUAAAGCAUGCUCUAUUAGCACCACACACCAAUGAUUUGGGUCAAUCACCACCCAUUAUCAUACAAAGGGAUCCAGAGACAUUCAGAGAUAUGAUACGCCAUUUACAAGGAUACCACAUACAAGUGCGAGAUGAGGAUCAUCGACUACGUCUGCUAUCAGAUGCGCAAUUCUAUUUGUUUAAAAAGCUUCGUGAUAAGCUUAGUACGGCGACAACAGGGCAAUUCCAUUCAGACAUUGUGUUACACAUCAAAGACAUUCGACCCUCUCAAUUUCAGUCUGAUCAUGGCCAAAUCGGGUAUUUGUAUGAUAAGAAGCUGUUUCAUCCCAUCAUUCAGUUGGACGAUGUCAAUGUUAGUUAUCAUAGUGCAAAUUCAUUUGUUUUGCAAAGCGAUGAUAUUCAACUCAUCAAGGACCCACAAUGGACAAUAUCAAAAGAGAUUCAUGUCGACAAGGACUGUGCCAUCAUUAUACAAGAAAACCAGAGCGAAACUCAACUACGACUAGCAGCAUAUUUGCAAGAUCUCGAGGCGGGACCCAAAACACAAUGCACAAUACAUCCAGAUUGCUGGGUCUCUUGGUUUGGUAUUGAAAAGGCAUUAUCAAGAGUCAGUGCAAAUGCAACUGAUAGUCAAUUGCACAUAUCAAUAGAAAAGAUGCAAAUUGUUCGAUCAAGGUUACAUGCGAACAUGAAACGAGGGUUUUUGGAAAAUUAA